AGCUCCAUUCUUGUGCAGUGCGCCAGGCCACUCUCUCUCUCUAAAGGCCCGCGCGCACAGAUUCUCUUCUCUCCCUGUCUGCAAAAUUUCACACAAGCCAUUCUCCACGCUUUCUAUAUAAAUACCUUCAAAAUCCCUCUGUCUCUCUCUUGUUUGCUCUCUACGCUCCUAACUCUCUCUCUCUCUCUCUCUCUGUCUCCGAACAGCUUCAGAAUUCAGGCAGUAAAGAGACGCGCUCGUAUAAAUACGCGCGCGCCCACACACAAACACUCGCAUAUAUAGAGAGAGAAGGAGCUUCUCUUUUAUUUUAUAUAUUUUUUUCUGCUUCUUGUCUCUCUGAAUUGCGUCCGCAAUGUCGGCUUGCAGAGACGACGAUCCUCGCAUUAUAGGAAUCAAAUCCAAAAUCCGCGUCGUACCGAACUUCCCCAAACCAGGGAUUAUGUUUCAAGACAUCACGACACUGUUACUGGAUCCAAAAGCCUUCAAGGACACCAUCGAUUUGUUCGUCGAGCGCUACAAAGGCAAAAAUAUAUCAGUAGUUGCAGGAAUUGAGGCUCGUGGCUUUAUAUUUGGUCCUCCCAUUGCAUUGGCUAUAGGAGCAAAGUUUGUUCCAUUGAGAAAACCAAGGAAGUUGCCUGGAGAGGUUAUUUCUGAAAAGUAUAUCUUGGAGUAUGGAACUGAUUGUCUGGAGAUGCAUGUUGGGGCUGUUGAACCUGGCGAACGUGCUUUAGUGGUUGAUGAUUUGAUUGCUACUGGUGGAACACUAUGUGCAGCAAUGAAUUUACUGGAACGUGCCGAGGCUGAAGUUGUUGAAUGCGCAUGUGUAAUUGAAUUACCGGAUUUGAAGGGCCGUGAUCGAUUGAAGGGAAAACCAUUAUAUGUGCUUGUGGAGUCUCACUAGCUCUGCCAGCUGAUGCUACAACUGUGUUUGUUGGCUUGCUGCAGCAUGAUGAAGUGUACAUUAGAGGGCUAUUGUUGGCUAUACCUUUAUCGCAGUCUCCUGCCAUUAUUUCUCCAUUUCAGCUUAUUAAUUUUCAUGAACAUGUGGCAUUCAGGACCAUUUUUCUUUUAGUGUAGAAGAAGACACCGGAUUAUGUCGGAACAACCACAUUGUUUCUCAAGGAUGAAUUCAUAUAAUUCAUUUAGAGCUUAAUUGCCAAACAGGCUUUCUUUUGAUUAAUUAUAUACUUUGCUUGUCA